AUGUAUAGAAGUUAGAGAUUGAGAGUGAAAUCAUAAAAUCAUUUAUCUAUAUCUCCUCCAAUUAUCAAAAGAAGGUUGAGGAAUAAAAAUGAGUAUAGUGACAUUAUUGAGCCAACAGAUAAAAAGAAAUAAAAUAUAUUAUAAGAUAUUGCAGCAACCAAAUAAAAGAGCUUAACCAAUUUCACUUUAACAGUUACACCUAAAUAUGCUCAAGAGAGAGAUUAUGAUGAUGAUGAAGAUAUUCUAUUUCAUGUAAUCCUCCUUUAUUAAUCUAAUAGUCUAAGGGUAAGAAAAGACCAUGGUCUGAAUAAGAAGAUAAUUUACUUAUCAAAUUAGUCUAAAUGCAUGGACCAUAAAAGUGGACUUUCAUUGCUGAACACUUACCUGGAAGAAUUGGUAAAUAAUGUAGAGAGAGAUGGCAUAAUCAUUUGAAUCCCCAAAUUAAAAAAUCACAUUGGGGAGAUUAUGAAGAAUGGAUACUCUUCUUAUCACAUAGAGUUAUGGGUAAUAGAUGGGCUGAAAUGGCUAAAUAAUUAAUUGGAAGAACUGAUAAUUCCAUUAAAAAUCAUUGGAAUUCAGCUAUGAAAAAAAGAAUCCCAGAAAUGGAAGAUAGAUUAAAGGAUAUUCGCAAAAGAGGAGGUAUUUUUUUUUAAUUAUUUUUUAAUAGGAAUGUCUAAUUCAGAAUUAAUGAAUUCAUUUACUUCUCUUGAAAGAUAGUUAUUAUAAAAAUUACUAUCCUCUUAAUAAAAUGGAUAAAUGACUCCAAGAUCUUAUUCGCCUAAUAAUAAUAUUCCUAGAAGAAGAACUAAUAAAUAAUAAAAUUAUUUAAAUCCUAAUUCUGUCAAUUCUUAUAUUUCUAAAAUGAUGAAUGAAAUUAAAAUAGAUGGAAUUGAAAGUUAUAAUAUGGAAAAUAAAAUGCUGAAAAAAACCGCCAAAAUUACAGACUCCAUUUUCUGGAAUGAAGAUAAAGUAGAUGAUAUUUAAAAUAAUUUAUAUGAAUACAUAUAAGAAAAAGUAGGUGCUCAUGGUUAUGAUUAAGAUGAAAAAGUAGAUAGAUGGAUUAAAAACUUUUGGAUCAUGUGUUAAGAUGUUUUUACUGUUUCAGUUAUAAAAGAUUUCUUAUCACAAAGACCAUCCUUUUAUUAUAAUUAUUUACAUAAAUACAAAUAAGAUAGUGCCAAUUAAGUUUCUAAAAAUUUAAGUAGAAUUUAUGAAUAAAAUAAUAAUAGUGAUGAAUAUUAAUUACCUUCUCUUAAUUAAUUUAAGACUCCCUUGAAAGAAAAAUCUGAUCCUCAUUAAACAAAUUAAAAUGAUAUUAAUAAUAAUAAUAACAAUAACAACAACAAUAAUCAAAAUAAUGAAACUAAUAGUCCUAGCAAUCUCUGUUUAGAAGUGAAAUAUGAUGAUCACUUCUAACAUCAAAUUGAAUCACCUUCUAAAUUACUUAAUUUACUCACACCUAAACAUUAAGCCAUGCAUUAGUCUAAUAAAAAAACACCUAAUCUCAAAUCAGAAAAUAAAAGCUUCAUUUAACAUUCUUAAUUUAAAGAUAAUUUAAGUUUGAGCAAAUUAAAAUUUGAAACAACUCCACUUAAAAAAAACUCAGCUUUUAAAUUUUAUAAUAAAAUACAAUAAAAUUAGUAAUAGUAGCUUUGA